UGGGCUGCGCUGCAGUUCAAGAACGAUACAAACGCUCUUCCUUACAAUUUCGGCGCGCUUAUUCAUCUGAUAUAAUUUCUUUUAUAAUUAAUAACUUGAUAAUUAUUGCAAAACGCAUAUUGCAAAACAGCAUGGGACUUAUUUAUUCGCCUUAAUCUGUUCUACAUUUUCACGAACUGAGCCAGUGAGGCGAUAGGUAAAGUGUACAGGUUGCAGUCGUUAGUCGAGAAUUGGAGCUAAAUCUGAUCAGAUCUACAAGCACAAUGCUGAUCAAAUUUUCCGAGCAAGAGACUGUGGUACCAAACACCUUCACCGGGAUGCUGAGGGAAACUCUUUUCGUUUUCGCGGCAUUUAUCGUGCUUGCUGGUGCAACCAUAGUCAAUGACUGCGACAAUGGAAUACAAUUGGAGGAUAGUAUUCAGGUCACAGUAUCCGGCUGUAGAAAACCUAUCUGUAUAUUGAAGCAGAAUACCACCGUUACCAUACAAAUCAAAUUCAAGCCUAAGAAACAGAUCCAGCGUAUGGACAACGCUGUGAGCGCAUUUAUUUUCAAUGUGCCCCUAUCGUUUGUAGGGGUCGAUGGAACAAAUGCCUGCGACAACAUUUAUAACGCUGAUGGUAGCAAAGCUGGGUGCCCAUUGCAGGAAGGCGUGGAAUAUACCUAUAAAAAUAGUUUCGAUGUGUUGGCUUUUUAUCCUAAGGUUUCACUGACUGUACUUUACGCAUUGAAAGAAGGUAACGAUCAAGUAUUAUGCUUCGAAAUACCAUUAAAAAUUACGAAAUGAUCUGUUUUUUGUUACGGACCUGCACAUGCUAUAAUUAAAGGUCACAGUAUGAGUAGCCAAAACGAUCUGGAUUCGAUCAUUUAAUGUUUAUAUCAUUUAAUUUAUCACGAUUAUGCUGUAUUGUAUGCGAAAAUAAUUGUCUCCAUUUCGAGAUUUUAUGUGUGUGUAUGU